AUGUCCGCGACCCAACAAACCCAAGCUGAGCGUAAGGACAACUGGUCAUCCGAGGCCUACUCAGCAUCCGCUGCCUUCGUCCCAAAACUAACCCAGACUCUGCUCCAAUAUCUCGACCCGCAGCCUUCCGACAGCGUCUUGGACAUCGGAUGCGGCGAUGGAAAAUUCACCGAGCUCUUCCUACCCUAUGUUUCCAAGGUUCUUGGCGUGGAUUCCUCGCCGGCGAUGAUCGAGGCUGCGAGGAAGGGCUACGGCAGUGAGAAGGCCGAGUUCCAAGUUCUGGAUUGUUGCUUCUUGGAGCAGAAUAGCGACGUUGCGGAUGGAACAUGGGAUAAAGUUGUUUCCAACGCGGCCUUGCACUGGAUCCUCCGGAAUGAAAAAACACGCCUCUCGACAUUAAAGGGCAUCCACGCGUCUCUGAAAAAGGGAGGCGCAUUCGUCUUUGAAAUGGGCGGGCACGGUAACGUCGCCGAGAUUCAGGCUGCAAUGCAGUACGCCCUUCUCCGACAGGGAAUCUCCAUAGAGAAAGCCCGCGAAUCGUAUCCGUGGUUCUUUCCGUCUGUACCCUGGAUGUCGAGCACCCUGGAAAGUCUUGGGUUCAAAGUAGUGAAGAUGGAGAGCGAGUAUCGGCCGACAAAGCUGACUAGUGACACUAAUGGGGGGUUGGCAGGGUGGGUGAGGCUCAUGGGGGCGGCAUUUCUGGACGUUGUGGAUACCGAGAAGAGAGAAGAGGUGAUACGGGAAGUCUGCGAGGUGUUGCAGACGGUGACAACCCGCGAAGAGGAUGGGAGUCAGUGGCUAGGGUAUGUUAGGCUUAGGGGUGUCGCUGUUAAGAUCUGA